AAUUGUGUUCAAAGGCCAUUGUCAGCGCCUGAUCCAGUAUGAGCUGUCUCUAGCACACUCACUGUACUUUUCCAAUUACAGCGGCACACUCCCACCCGGAAGACAGCACCUCACCUAGAAAUCUUCUGUUCACUCUGUGCCCUUUUAACUUAAUGGCAUAGAAGCACUGCUGGAUUAUUCAUAAUGUUAGAACGAAGUCUUUUCUUAUUCUCCUUUUUUAUUUGUUUUAUAAAUCGAAGUCAAGCUACAGAUCUGUUUGCAGAGCAGACAUCUAAACUGUCCAGCUACAGAGUUGUCAUUCCUAGGGUGGUUCAUGACCGGGAAAAAAGAGACACCCUCCAGCCUCAGGGCUCUGAACAGGCUCCUGACGCAGACAGGCUGAUGUACUCGAUUAAUAUUGAGGACAAAGAUCACGUUCUUCAUCUGGAAAAGAACAAAGACUUUCUUGCUAAAACCUUUGUGCACUACUCUUAUGAUGACAGUGGUAAGCUGGCGACUUCACAUCCUAAAGAGGAGGACCACUGCUAUUAUCACGGAUAUGUGGAAGGACAGGAUGACUCACUGGUUGCUCUCAGCACCUGCUCUGGUCUCAGUGGUAUCAUUUUAAUGGGACAGAAAACCUAUGGACUUGAGCCAGUCAUCCGUUCAUCAGCCAAUGAGCACCUCCUGUUCCUAUUGGAGCACAGCCAGAAAGACCCAUUUGUGUGUGGAGUGACCAAUGAGAUGCCUCCAUUUGAAAUCAAUACUGAGUCCCACAGCCAGCACUACCAGGGCCACACAGACACAGUAGAAUCCAUGACCAGAAUGUUCAGGAAAAAGCGAAACCUGCCCCAGACCAGAUAUGUGGAAUUGAUUUUGGUUGCAGACAAACAAAUGUACGAUGACAGGAAUGCCAAUGAGACAGCACUGCAGAAGGACAUGGUUCAGAUGGCCAACCUCCUCGAUGGGUACUAUAAGCAGCUGAAUGUCCGUGUGAUCCUGGUGGGGGUGGAGAUCUGGAAUAACCAGAACCCCAUUGAUGUGGACGGUUCAGCGGGGGAGGUCCUGGGCCGCUUUGUCCAGUGGCGGAAGAAUGUGCUGAUCCCCAAGAAGAAACAUGACGUGGGACAGCUCAUAGUUGGACGAAAAACCUCUUACCCACAGGGAGUGCUGGGAAUGGCUUUUGUUGGCACAGUGUGUUCUGUAAGCAGUGCUGGAGGAAUCAAUGUGUUCGGGGGCAGCACUCUGCAGUUCGUCUCCACGGUGAUAGCCCAUGAAAUGGGGCACAAUUUGGGAAUGAACCAUGAUGACAAACGCAAUUGUAAUUGCGCCGUGAAAUCCUGCAUAAUGAACAGUGGAGCAAGUGGGUCGACCACCUUCAGCUCCUGCAGUGGGACUGACUUUGAAAAUCUGAUCCUGCAAGGAAGAGGCAUCUGUCUGAAGAACCAGCCUUCUUCCUUGGACAUCUUCUCGGUGGCUGGUUGUGGGAAUGGGGUGCUGGAUCAAGGGGAGCAGUGUGACUGUGGCAAGCCUGAGGAUUGCCAAGAUAAGUGCUGUGAUGCAGCUACAUGCACAUUCACAAGAGGAUCCUACUGCUCUCAAGGCAGCUGUUGUGACAAUUGCCAGCUCAAAGUUGCGGGAACACCUUGCAGAGAGUCAGUUAAUAUCUGUGACCUGCCAGAAUACUGCAUUGGCACCUCGCCCUUCUGUCCCAAUGACUACUACAUAAUGGAUGGAUACCCCUGUGAAAACAACACAGCAUACUGUUAUGAGGGACGGUGCCAGACCUAUGAUUAUCAAUGCCAAAAGCUGUUCACCAAAGAUGCUAAUAAAGCUCCCAACAUCUGCUUUGAAGAUGCCAAUACCAGAGGAGAUAGGUUUGGGAACUGUGGAAUGACAGGGACAAUUUUUAAUAGAUGUACAGUGGAGAAUGCUCUGUGUGGGAAGAUACAGUGCAGUGGUGUUGAUGUAACCAAUCCACCCUUUGGUUCUACUAUUACUGUGAAGAAUAUCGGAAAUACCCAGUGUGUGAAUGUGGACUUUGACCUAGGCUCGGAUGUCCUGGACCCAGGAUAUGUCAGCAGAGGCUCAGGCUGUUCCCAAGGAAAGGCCUGUGUUGACUUUAAGUGCACCAACGCCUCUGAGCUUAACUUUAAUUGUGAUAUACAGACGAAAUGCAGUGGCAAUGGGGUUUGUAAUAAUCAAGGAAACUGUCACUGUAAUGCUGGCUGGGCCCCCCCAGACUGUAGCAGAAAGGGCUCAGGAGGCAGUAUAGACAGCGGACCCACAACUAUAGACACCUCUGUCAGAGAUGGCCUGCUCAUCUUCUUCCUCCUGGUGGUGCCCAUCAUCAUCAUUGUUCUCGUUCUCCUCUUCCUUUUCAAACGGGGCUGGAAGCCUCAGUGCCUGAGGGAGAAGCGCUCCCGUCAGUACAGGUCGCGAAACUCAGCACCCACAAAUGCUCAGAGGGCAGCACCCCAAAGUCAGCCACAGAGCCACACAGGGCCACCUCAGCCUGCCACCAUUUAUCCACCACGUUCUUCUGACCUCCCACCCAGCCGCAAAGAUGUGAGUUUCAGCCUUCCACAGUACCAGCCCUCUGAGACCCCUCUGCCCGUCCACCAGCAGGGACCUGGUGUGCCUCGACCCAUUCCCCCAGCACAGCCUCAGCAGUCCUGAGCCCCCACGGAGACCCAGCUCAUUCCUCUGCAUGUUAUUUAUUCACGUUGACACUGCUCAUUGAUACCAGGAUUUUUACACAAGUGAGAUAAUUGCUUGAUGAGGAUUUAAUAAAGUCCUAGUGUAAGUCACUAGAAGGGCUAGUUAAAGGAAUUCCUGGCACACCAGUUUACCUAACAGAAAACAUGAGAUGAUUUUUGCAGUGUGAAACAAAGUGUUCCUCUGACAAUUUUUUUUUACUUUCAUUUUAGUGCCUAAACAUGUUCUCAAUCACAACAAAGCAGGAUGUAAAUCUUUAUUUCUUCAAAUUGUAUAUACUGUAUUUUAUGUGAAAAUAUUAUCUUGACAUUUUUAACUGUGUGAAUAAAAUGUUGUCCAUUGUUUAAACAGUGGUGAAAUGGUCAAAAUGGAUAUAAAGGAUGCAUUUAGUAGUUUUGAAGAGCAAUGUGAAUCAGUUUCAAAACAUGAUUUCCCAUUUGUUUUAAGAACUGUCUUUGAAUUGUUUUAUGGAUAAAGUAUGUAAAUACAUUUUUAACAGAGGUAACCACUGACACAUGUAAUUAGUGUGUAAUUCAACACCCGAUA